GCGGCGCACAGUUGUUACCAAAGCGUUGCACGCGUCGUGGCCCUCAUCAUCAUCACAAUUUCAGCGAAAAUGAAAACGAAAUUCGGUUAACGUCAACAGAAACGGACAAAAAUUCAAAGAGCCAAAAAAAAAGCAGCAAAAAACACAAACAAGUUGCAGGGCCAGACCACGGGCAAGAGUCAGCUAAUCUGUUGUGCAGUGCGUUUUAUCAGCCAGCGAAAGAAACGAAAACGAAAGUCGGUCCAAGUCCAAGUUAAACUCUCGGUGGAAAAAAAUCUCUUCGGCGAAAGAAAAAAGUCAAAUAAAAUCGGUGAAGAAAAAAAAUCAGAGGCACGCGGAUCUCAUCUCGGUAAUGUCUCAAUAAAAGCCAUCUUAACUACAGCCGGAAUGUAGGAAAAAGUGAAAAUAAAAGCACUCGCCAAGUUUCGAUCAUAAAAAAUACAUAAGUUUUAAGUCAAACAAGAGGAGCAUUUAAGUACCAGUGGGACGACGCGAGACGAGACGAGGCGUGGCCAGGUGAGGUGAAUCGUGGUACGGUGACCUUCGACGGACGGCAGCAAAGCGGCAAUCAAACAAGCCAUUUGAGAUAGCCAAACAAACGCGGUCCAAAUACCGCGCACAAUACCAUCGUCCGUACUGAGUUAAUAGAGUUAAACACCAAAUAUAAAUAAGCCAAGGUGACUAAGUACGGCAGCGGCAUGGAGAUCAGGCGCACCUCUCGAUCUCGGCCAUAUCUCUGGGCCAUAACGCUGCUGAUGCUGCUCGGCCUUUGGCUGGGCUCGGUUUUGGCCAAGGGCGCCAGCAAUCAGACCAACAACGCGCAGACCUGGCAGCAGCAGCCGCACUAUCAAAGUCAUUCCAAUGAGUCGCAAUUGCUGCCGGAGGAACCGGCACUUAUGGAACUGAGCCCCCCGAUAGUGAGCUCGCCCCAUGAAACCCAUUUGACGCGCACCUCGGUGAUCUUCGGGCUAACCAAGGUGGCCAACGAGAGCAGUGUGAGCCACAAGUGCCACGCGCAGCUGAGACAAGUGCAGCGCGGCAUACUCGCGAAGCAGCCGUGGGCCAUGAAGGUGCUGGAUGCCUCGGGAACUAAGCCCUCGGGCUUUGUCUAUGGCCAGAACUACUGGCUGGGAAGCCGGGAAGCUUGUCGCGGGGUCCAAAGACCCGUGGAAAUAACGCUGUCGAAGAACUUCGAUCGGGUGAUGCACUACGGGAUUAUCACCCAGCAAGCCCCCUUUGACAUGGACUAUCGUGUGAUCUACCUGAGGCACAGCUCCCCGUGGCAGGUGGAAAUAAAGCUCAUGUCUGAGCAGAUCAUCCACAUAGGACUCUGUCUGCCGAAAGCCUGCAGUUCAGAGGAGGUCAAGGGCCUAGCCCAAGACUACGUGGCUGGAGGCAUGUUUACCGAAAACGAGAUCUUUGACAUCCGGCCGGAGGUGGUCUAUAUGAAGGAUCUGCAGCUGAAGGAUGUAUUCUUCGAGAGGGCCAGUUUCCGGCUGCUGGUGGCCUGUGUUCUGGCCACCGGCGCUCUGAUGCUCUGUGCCCAGCAGCUAACGGCCGCCAAGAAAGUCACUCCCUCUUCUGAUGAACCCGAUCCUGGGCUGGCUCCCGCUGAAUCCGAAUUAUGGAGGGGACUCCACUCCCUUCUCCAGCUGGAGAAGCUGCAGAAAUACAUUCCCUGCUGGGAUGUACCCGGAAACUGGUCCAAGAUCUUUGCCGUGCGUGAGAACGGUCCCAAUGAGAUACCCCUAAUGAAUGGCCUGCGAUCUGUGUGUGCCAUCUGGAUCAUGGUAUUCCACGUGGUGUGGUUCAUGUACUUCACUGUUCACAAUAAAACAGUGCUCAUUUCGUAUGCGGAACAGGCCUUCUUCCAGUACGUCUCCUCGGCUCCGCUACUCGUUGAUGUCUUCUUCACCAUCAGUGGUUUCCUGCAAACAUACAACUUCCUGCGCAACUCCCAGCAGCUGGAAACAGUCCGUUGCAAUGGCUUCGUCCAGAACCUGAAGCUCUUUGGCAAGCUACUCUUCCAUCGCUAUCUUCGUUUGGGACCCCUCUACCUGGUGGUUAUGGCCACCGUGGAUCUGGUGUAUGCCUACAUUGGGGAUGUUUCGGUUUACCACAUCAACGAGCGUUUCGACGAAAUGUGCUCCCGCCACUGGUGGCGCAAUCUGCUAUUCAUCCAGAACCUCUUCGAUCACCGGGACAUGUGCGCCAACUGGAGCUGGUCGCUGGCCUGCGAGAUGCAGUUCUUCAUCCUGGCCAGUGCCCUUUUGUUCCUUUAUGUAAAAUACCCGAAGGUAGUCAAAGCCCUGGUGGCCUCCGCCUUUGUGGCCACCAUUGCCUGGUCCUAUAGCAUCGGGGUGAGCAUAAAGUUUCAGCUGUCCUUCGACUCAGCCUUUGCCACAGGCACGGAGAUCUACACGUCGCCCUUUGUAAGGGUCCUACCGUAUAUUCUAGGUGCUGUCACUGCCUGGCUUCUCCUGGAGAAUCGCCUCCAGUUGGAGCUGAGCGAGCCGAGGGAGCGGCAGUGCUGGCACCUGGCCCUGGUGGUGUUCUUCGCCUGCAUUUACUCCACUGUGAAGCGUGAUCUGGGCCCCUUGAUGGCCAUCACGUUGUUUGUGAUGGGACGCUUGUUCUUCUCCCUGAGCGUCUGCUGGAUGGUGGCGGGCAGUUGCCAGGGACGCGGUGUCUGGUGGUCACGACUGUUGGAGGCCAAGGGUUUCCAGCACGUCAGUCGGCUGUCCUACGCCAUCUAUCUGCUCAAUCCGCUGGUCAUCGCCCUCUUCUACAGCCUGACAAAUGCCAGUACGGACGCGGAUCCCUUCAUGCUGUGCGUAGUAACCUGCGGAUUCGCUGUCAUCGUUUACCUGGCCUCGAUCCUCUUCUCCCUGGCCUUUGAGCUGCCCUUCAGCAAUCUGUCGAGUUUGCUAAAUCGGCGCAGCAAACAGAAGAGUGCCUAAAAGACGCUAGCCCUAAGUUAGGACCUUGGGGUCAACGCACACGCCUCCAUCUGACAAUUGUGAUCGCUUCAUGUACAACUAUUCAUCAUAACCGAAUCACUAGGCUUAGUCUUGUCGUAGUCAAUAUGUAAUACGUAUCUAUAUAUCCUGUACACCGGUGGCCACCGUACUUAAUAAGAUAAUCCCUCUAGCAGUAGAUCCACUCUGAUAUACGUAUAUCUCCGCUAUAAAUAUGUACUAUACUUAUUAAACCCAGUAUAAUUACCCA